CAUCAUUUUUUGCUGCUGGCAAAAUACUGGUGUGCCGGUGACAGUACAGUAAGAAUGUUAAGAAACUGACUUUACCGUCAAAAGAGAUUUGUUUGCCACUGUUUGGUGUUCUUUUCUGUCAUCUGGAGCUAACUCUCACAAGCAGCCGUCACAUUCGAUCGAGCGGGACAGAUUGAAGAAAACAGGUCAAGUUUGUACAUUUGCAACGUGCUUUGUUCUCAAAGGAUAGAUUCGUAUAUGGUGGUCGGUCAACAAGUUGUCUGAUUUCAGUUACAGGCUUAUCUCUAGGUGGUGAUGGGUUCUAUGUUCCGUAGUGAGGAGGUGUGCCUGGUGCAGCUCUUCCUCCAGUCUGGUUCGGCCUUUAACUGUGUCAGUGAACUGGGAGAACUGGGCCUGGUCGAGUUCAGAGACUUGAACCCCAAUGUCAACUCCUUCCAGAGGAAGUUUGUGGGGGAGGUGAGACGAUGUCAGGAACUGGAGAAAACCUUCACAUUCCUGGAGCAGGAGAUCAAUAGGUCCCUUUUGCCCCCCCUCCAUGGCCCGACCCCCUGCCCGAACCCCUCGGCCCCCCAGCCCAGAGAGUUGCUCACCAUUGAGGAGGAGAGUGAGAAGCUGGCCAGGGAGCUCAAAGAGCUGUCCAGCAACAGAGACGGUCUCAGAGCCCAGCUGAUCCAGCUCAGCCAGUACAAAGGAGUUCUCACCCAGACCCACGCCCUCACCGCCUCACAGGCUCCACCUCCUCUCCGUGAAACACUAGGCAUAUUGGAGCCUAACCGACAGGAUGUCCACCUCCGUUUUGUGGCCGGUGUGGUCCACCCCUGGAAAGUCCCAUCAUUUGAGCGGUUGCUAUGGCGAGCAUGCCGCGGGUACGUCGUCGUGGACUUCAGAGAGAUGGAGGAGCAGCUGGAGCAUCCUGUCACGGGGGAGAUGGUGCAGUGGACAGUGUUCCUCAUAUCCUACUGGGGAGAUCAGAUCGGUCAAAAGGUCAAGAAGAUCUGUGAUUGCUUCCACGCGCAGGUGUUUGAGUAUCCUGACAGCCCCACGGAGAGAGAGGAGAUUCUCCAGGGACUGCAGGGCAGAAUUGAAGACAUCAAAUCAGUCCUCUUUCAGACAGAGCAGUUCCUCCAGCAGAUGUUGGUGCGUACAGUAGCGGUGUUGCCCCAGUGGAAGGUGCGGGUCCAGAAGUCUAAGGCAGUCCAGGCCGUACUGAACCUCUGCAGCCCCUCCGUCACCGACAAGUGUCUGAUCGCUGAAGCCUGGUGUCCCGUCCGCAAGCUGCCCGAGCUGCAGAGCGCCCUGAGGGAAGGAGGGAGGAAGAGUGGCAGCGGGGUGGACUCGUUCUACAACCGCCUCCCCUGCUCCACGCCUCCUCCUACACUGUUUCCCACCAACUCCUUCACUGCAGGCUUCCAGAACAUUGUAGACGCCUACGGAGUGGCCAGUUACCGCGAGGUCAACCCAGCGGUGUACACCAUCAUCACGUUCCCCUUCCUGUUUGCCGUGAUGUUUGGGGACGUGGGUCACGGUCUGCUGAUGUCCCUGGCUGCCCUCUGGAUGGUUCUGGAGGAGAAGGACCCCAAACUCAGGAACAACACUAAUGAGAUCUGGCGGAUGAUGUUUGGAGGACGUUAUCUGAUCCUGUUGAUGGGACUGUUCUCUGUCUACACUGGGGCCAUCUACAAUGAGUGUUUUAGCAGAGGACUCAGCCCCUUCAGCUCCAGCUGGCAUGUAGGACCCAUGUUUGAGAACGGAGAUUGGAAUCCAACAACUGUUAAAGAGAACAACUUCCUGUCCCUGGACCCUAACAUCACUGGGGUUUUUACAGGACCCUAUCCUUUUGGUAUCGACCCGGUCUGGGGUAUGUCCAACAACCACCUGACGUUCCUCAACUCCUACAAGAUGAAGAUGUCUGUCAUUAUCGGGGUCAUCCACAUGACCUUUGGAGUCUGUCUGGCCUUCUUCAACUACAUACACUUUAACCAGUUGAGCAGUGUGUUCCUGGUACUGAUCCCAGAGCUGUUCUUCAUGCUGUGUCUGUUUGGUUACCUGGUCUUCAUGGUCAUCUUCAAGUGGCUGGCCUUCGACACGACCCACUCUAACUCCGCCCCCAGCAUCCUCAUCCACUUCAUAGACAUGUUCCUAUUCGCCGAGAACAAGGACAACCCGCCCCUCUACAGAGGACAGUUGGUGGUGCAGAAGGUCCUGGUGGUACUGGCGCUGUGUUCUGUUCCAGUCCUGCUGCUGGGGAAACCCAUCCAUCAAUACAUCACACACAAGAGGAAGCACCGGCACAUGGCAGGAGACAGACGACCCCUGUUGGCUGAGAACAGUUCCAUCAAUGCUCAUCAGGGAGAGGUGGGGAGUCACAGAGAGGAGAAGGUGGAUUUUGACGCUGCUGAUGCGUUCAUGCACCAGGCCAUCCACACCAUAGAGUACUGUCUAGGCUGCAUCUCCAACACAGCCUCCUACCUACGACUGUGGGCCCUCAGCCUUGCACACGCACAGCUGUCGGAGGUGCUCUGGACGAUGGUGCUGCAUAACGCCCUGACCUGGCAAGGCAACAUGGGAUCUGUGAUCCUGUUUCUAUUCUUCAUCGUCUUCGCGGUGCUGACAGUCUCCGUCCUGCUGGUCAUGGAGGGCCUGUCUGCCUUCCUGCAUGCCCUGCGUCUGCACUGGGUGGAGUUCCAGAAUAAAUUCUACAGUGGAACAGGUUACAAGCUGAACCCUUUCUCCUUCUCUUCCAUAAUCCACGCCUCGUCCGCUCUGUGAUCAUUUAAACGAUCAAUGAAUUAUGAUUGCCAAAUGGUUAUAUUAACUUGCUCUGCACCUAUCACACUGCACACAUUUCAGAAUGAUUGCUGUCUUUUUUGUACACUCUGUGUUUUGUAAAAUGUGUUCAAUGUACAAGAAUACAUUUAGGCCUUUGCACUAUGGUAUGGGGUGUUUAUGUGCCUAUUUCAGCAUGCAUGCUGUGUCAUCAAAAUCAGAAUUUCUUUGUUCCUUCUUUGCGCUGAUCAUGUGGUGGGUCUGUAAAUUCACUCUGGCUGUCUACUCUGAUUUCAGGAAUUUACGAACACGCAACACCCGUUGAAUGACUGGUGUCUGCAAUUUUUUAAAAUUCAAUUGUUGCCAGCAGUACAGUUAGUCACCAAUGCCCUAGAUAACACGAAAAUAGUCUAACCAGCUCUGCUAGGGUGAAUAAAAUGGUCAGAGUUAGGUGUUCUCUCAUUUGUGUUUGGAUGUAGCUAGCAAGCUAGCCACCUUUAGCCAGUUAGCUCGGGUGCUUGACUGCUGUUGUGAGGUCAGAACGCUCGGAUCAACCCUACUCCUCAGCGCACACUGGGCGCUCUGAACACCCCGAGAGCAAAACGCUCUGAAUUCACGAAAGGACAAUCUAACAACGCUCUGAAUUUAUGAAAGCCCAGAGCGCACUCCAGAGUGAAUUUACGAACACACCCUAUGUGUCUCAACUUCCAGUAAUGUACCUUUAGAUAAUAUGUUGUUUAAAUAAUAUAUUAACAGUAAUACAUUCACAACCUCCCUGUUUAUCGUUCAAAGCAUUAUUUGAAAAUGGUUGAAUAACUCAGGAAAUGGGUGCUAUUGACUUUCACACAUGACCGUGAUCUCAAAGUUUAGUAAAGAUAAGGCACACACCAAUUGUCUUAACUCGUCUGUUGUGGUCUUGAAGAGAGUCCACGUAAACAUGAUUUUGCUAUGAUGGUGUAGUAUUAUCUAAAAUAAGGACUCACGACAACGAGGUUCUAGCUCCAGCAUGUUUACUAACCUAGCCCUCGCAUGUCAUACCUCGGUACGGGUAUCCCCAAAGGACAUCCUACUACAGAUGGUAACAUGAACAACCCUUCAUGGUACUCAACACCUCUUUCUUGUGUCAUAUUUGAACACGGUUAAUAAUUAUGGAAAAGGAAACUUGUAAACUCAUGUGUCAUUCACAUUCUGUUUGAUCUGAGUAGAGAACCAUCUGAAUGAAGAUCAAUGUUCUGCCGCAUUCUCUGUAUGAUGGUUCACAUCGUACUGUCUGUCUCUUUGCACUAAUCACUGUGUUUAACUCUAGGGCUGUAAUGAAAUUAAAGACAGUUUUUUUCCUGA